AUGGAAGAUGACACGUUUCAGACAAUCUUUCUAAUUUAGUUGUCCUAACUUCUCCUUCGUGUGUUUGGGAAAUAUUUGUUUUAAGAAUGAAGAAAAUAUGUUUUGUUUUACUCGUCACUAUUAUUCACUAUGUUGCGGCUAUGUUUGAAUACGGAGAACAUAAAAUAGGUGAAGUCUUUUCAUAUAAAUUAGCGGGUACAAUACCGCCACUCGUACCUAUCCACAGAAUAAAUAUAACGCACGGUCGUGAUGACCUCGACGAACAUUACACGCACCUCAACGUGGCGACCCUUUCAGAAACUUCGUACAAUCCAAACAUUAUUUUCGAUUCACAAAACAACAUGUUAACAUUCUUUAUCAGGUAUCCACUACACACGAUAUCGUUCAGAGUCACCGGAUACUCGAUGCCGUUGAAAGAUUAUACUGGGCCGGUGAAUUAUGAAACUACUACUCCAGAUAUGUCUAAUGACCUUAUACUUUACCCAAUGCUACCAGCACCUACCGAUAAAAUAAAAAAACAACAUUAA